AUGGACGUGCUGCUGCCGCUGCUGUGGGACCAUAAGCGGCUGGGGGCGGAGGCGUCGCGCCCGUUCGUCUUCUCUCCGGACAGCCCCGUGCUCAAGCUGGACAUAGGCGAACAGGCAUCAGCCGGCAGAGGCACGCGGAGGGCGCCAUCGCCGGGGCCCCUGUUCGCGUCGCCUCGGCUGCUGCCGCUGGGAGGCGGGUCCCUGGCCAUCAUGGCGCCGGCGCUGCCGGGCGCCGACGCCUGGGGUGAGGAGCUGGCGGGGGCGAUGCUGGAGGGAACCUUCUGGUUCUUGAAGGUCGUGCUUGCGCACCACGACGCCGCGGGCGAGCCCCUGCUCAGCACGCUCAGCGUGUCGUACGGCUGGCGGGACGGGAAGCUGCUGGGUCACCGCUACUACUGGCAGAAGGGGACCGGGCUGGUGCGGCAGCCGGAGGGCGACAACCUGGACUCAAUUGCCAUUAGGAGCGUGAUGGCGCCAGCCCGGAGGUCUGAGGCCAAGGGCGACGACGACAGCGUCAGUACGCUGCUGCACUGCAAGCUCGGCCGCCCGCCGGCCGACCGCCGCGCGGCGCGAUACUCCUAUGCGGCGGCCCCGCCCCACCCCCUGACGCUUGCAGAGGGCGCGGCUCCCGCGCCGGGGCCCGCUCUUCACGGCGUCACCGCGGCUGGCGGCGCCGCCGCUGAGUCAUCGACCGGGGAGCGCGGCAUUGUUGAGUUGGUGUAUGGCGGCGGCGAGGCUUACGUGAUGCUCCCCGCCGACCUGCGGGCUGCGGCCGAGGCGGCAGGGGCGCGGCCGGGGGCGGGCCAUGAGGGAGGGCGGCAGGUGGCGUUCGACUUCUUCGCAGCGGAUGGGCCCGGGGGGCUGGUGCGCUGCACCGUCGCCUACGACGCCGCGCCUGGCGGCCGGCGGGCCUUUGGCGGUACGGGCGCGCUGCCGCUCCUGCACGUGCAGCACGAGGUUUGCUAA